AUGACGCUCUCCUUGUUCCCCAGCCAGGACUCUGUCCGCAAGAGCUUCGGCUCUCCGCUGCCCCAGUCCAACAAGACUGGACCCACCCCGUAUGCCGCCCGCCCGGAGCUCUACGGAGCUUGGUCCGUCGUCGAGGACGCCAAGAACAAAGCUCAGAAGCUCAGCAAAGAGGCGCAGGCCGAGUUUGACAAGGCCAGCUCCAAGGCUCAGGCCAAGGCAAAGUCGGGCACGAUUGAGCUGUACUCGCGACAAUACUAUGCCGCCUGCGUCGUCGGUGGCUUGAUGGCCUGUGGCUUCACCCACGCCGCCGUCACCCCUUUGGAUCUCGUCAAAUGUCGUCGCCAGGUCGACGCCAAGCUGUACAAGGGCAACUUCCAGGCCUGGGGCCUCAUCUACCGCGCCGAGGGCCUGCGCGGUAUCUUCACUGGCUGGGGCCCGACGCUGCUGGGUUACUCGGCCCAGGGAUCCUUCAAGUACGGCUGGUAUGAAUACUUCAAGAAGACGUACGCCGACAUGGCCGGCCCCGAGGCCGCCUACAAGUACAAGACGGGACUCUACCUCGCCGCCUCGGCCUCGGCCGAGUUCCUUGCCGAUAUUGCCUUGUGUCCCUUUGAGGCCGUCAAGGUCCGCAUGCAGACCACGAUCCCGGCCGCGUACAAGGGCACCUUUGACGGUUUCUCCAAGAUCACGGCUGCCGAGGGCACGGGCGGGCUCUUCAAGGGCCUGUACCCGCUCUGGGGCCGACAGAUCCCUUACACCAUGAUGAAGUUUGCUUCCUUUGAAAACAUUGUCGAGGCCAUUUAUCACAAGCUGCCCGGCGAAAAGAGCGACUACUCCAAGGCGGCACAGACGGGCGUCUCGUUUGUGGGUGGCUACCUGGCCGGUAUCCUCUGCGCCGUGGUCUCGCACCCGGCCGACGUGCUCGUCUCCAAGCUCAACGCCAACCGCGGCGCCGGCGAGGCAUUCGGUGCCGCCGUUGCCCGCAACUACCGUGAUAUUGGCUUUGCUGGUCUCUGGAAUGGUUUGCCCGUGCGUAUCGUCAUGGUCGGUACCCUGACUGGUCUCCAGUGGAUGAUCUACGAUUACUUCAAGGUCUUCAUGGGCUUCCCAACCACUGGUGGUGCGCCCCCGCCUGAGCAGAAGAAGUAG